UUGAUGAUGGCUUUUUACAGUCGUGGAGCACGCGCUUAACUCAAGACAUUCAGAGCCAGAUGGAUAAAGACAACCUCUCAGUGGUCUUACAUUCUAAGGGAGAUCUUAGAUUGGAGCAACGUCCGAUUCCAGAUCCAGGGCCAAAUGAUGUGUUACUUCAGAUGCAUUCUGUGGGGAUAUGUGGAUCAGACGUCCACUACUGGCAGAACGGGCGCAUCGGGGACUUUGUGGUGAAACAGCCCAUGAUUCUGGGACAUGAAGCCUCUGGUCGUGUGGUCAAAGUGGGCUCCGCUGUCAAGCAUCUUAAGGCAGGGGACAGAGUUGCCAUUGAGCCCGGGGUUCCUCGUGACAUAGAUGAGUUUUUCAAAUCUGGACACUACAACCUGUCUCCUAGUAUAUUUUUCUGUGCCACUCCUCCAGAUGAUGGGAACCUGUGCAGAUACUACAAGCACAAUGCCAACUUCUGCUACAAACUUCCCGACAAUGUCACGUAUGAAGAGGGAGCUCUCAUUGAGCCCCUGUCAGUGGGGAUUCAUGCCUGCAGGAGGGCAGGGGUCAGUCUUGGAAGCAUGGUGUUUGUCUGCGGUGCAGGACCAAUUGGACUAGUCUCUUUGUUGGCGGCCAAAGCCAUGGGUGCAUCACAAGUCGUAAUAAGUGACCUGUCUUCAGAUCGCCUGGCCAUGGCUAAAGAGCUGGGGGCUGACUUCUUGGUUCCAGUGAGGAAAGAGGAUACACCACAGGAACUGGCCAAAAAAGUGGAAGAAAUGCUGGGGUGCAUGCCUCAGAUCACUGUAGAGUGCACAGGAGUGCAAAGCAGCAUUCAAACAGCAAUCUAUGGUACUCGUUCUGGAGGAGUGGUGGUGUUGGUUGGGCUUGGUGCUGAGAUGGCCACAGUACCGCUUCUUAAUGCAGCAGUCAGAGAAGUUGACAUCAGAGGUGUAUUUCGCUACUGUAAUACCUGGCCGAUGGCUAUCGCUAUGUUGGCAUCUAAGAAGGUGAAUGUCAAGCCUCUAGUCACCCACCGCUUCCCACUGGAACAGGCCUUGGAGGCUUUUGAGACCACACGGCAGGGGCUCGGGGUUAAGGUCAUGUUGAAAUGUGACAAGAAUGACCAGAAACCAUAAGAGAGGAGGUGGAUGUGGCCAAACGGUUUCAUCCAAUUCAUUUUAUUAUUAAGGAAUUGAGUAACCUCACCUGAUCUCUAUUAAAAAAACGUACAGAAAUUCAA